GCGCACAUCUGCACUCUCCGGAGCGAGGCGUGGUCAGGAGCGCGCGAACAGGUGGGUCAGUCAGCACAGCUGCAGUCACGCUUCAUCCACGGGAAUCCGCCGCCGUGUGUUUGUUUCUUCUUCGCUAGAUUUACGCAUACAGCCGCGACAAAAUGCCCAAGUGCCCAAAGUGCCAGAAGGAAGUUUACUUCGCCGAGAGGGUGACGUCGCUGGGGAAGGACUGGCACAGGCCCUGUCUGAAGUGUGAGAAGUGCAACAAGACGUUGUCAGCUGGCUCUCAUGCAGAGCAUGAAGGCAAGCCAUACUGUCACAACCCUUGCUAUGGUGCAAUGUUUGGACCUAAAGGAUUUGGACGCGGUGGAACUGAGAGCCACGCAUAUAAAUAGACAAAUAGUAAAUAGACAGGGCCAGUCCCAGCAGUAAAACAAAAAAUCUUGCCUGGAAAAUAGAUUGAAGAAUCCAACAAGCUCAACAGUCCCAUUAAAAUCCAGCAAUCAGCAAACAGUUUCUUCUGACAGGGAAGAAAUGUUUUGUAUGCAUGUGUUUUUAUUGUUUUUGAUGUCUGUUUUCUGAAAAUUGAUUGUGUAGUCCCACGAUACAGCAACAAAGAGGUUGUCCUCUGGUCUCUUACUGUUGAGGUGGAAAUUUUGAUUAAACUCUUUUUAAAUUUG